AUGGCAGCGAGGCAGUAUAGUCCGAACGAAGAUCGGAAAUUACUGGGCAACACAAAGUCUUAUUUCUCUCAUCUUGUGCGCCCGAGUCGCUCCUCUCUACGGGAUGGAAGUAAUCAAGGAGAUACUUCUAGCCAGAAUACCACGGGUGGAAAUGCACGCCAAUCUGUACAAGCGAAGGUCCCUGAGAAGAAGACAAGAGAGACGCUGGUAGCGGGCUGGAUCCCUUACACGUUUCGACAUUACUUCAUGGGCGUGCUGAGUAUCGUGACCUUUGGUUUGGUGCUAGUAACGUUCCUACUUUGGUGGAAAUCUUCGACAAAUUAUGGACUAGGGCCUGAUGAUGGCUCCUCUGCUUUGCUUUUCGGCUGGCGGUACAGUCCGACCGCGAUCACCGUGUUAUGGAUUCAAUUGACUGCCAUGUUAUUCGACGAUGUUAAGCGUACCGAGCCCUAUGCCCGCUUAGCCCGACCUGAGGGUGCGAAGGCGUCGACGAGCAUUCUGGAAACACCGAGCCCCUGGUGGAUUACGUUAUACCGAGGAUUCGCGAAGAAGAAGUAUGGCCGGCGAAGCUGGAUAUUGAUCUGCGCAUCGUUGAUCAACAUUGUUGGAUUUCUGGCAAUUUCUCCGCUGUCUUCUGCCUAUCUAUACUCGGAAGAGAUAAUCGUCCCUCAUACGGCUGACUUCUUGCGUUACUCCCCCGUGUCCAAUUCGCCCCUUCCUAUCGAUAUGGAUCAGACGACGCACUUUCGUACCAUCGCAAAUCUUCUUCAAAAUGUCUCAACUUCACCCUGGAUUACGGAUAAUUAUACAAUUCUACCCUUUUGGCCCACUAGUCUCAAAGAUGGAGCAAUCGGCUCCUUACCGACGAGCUCUCAGCAGACAUGGAAGGCGGAGACCACGAUGUUCAAGAGCGAGCUGAGCUGCACUGAAAUGAACAGUGUUUCCGAGAACGCAAACUCGGAAAACGUCUCCAUCAUCUGGUCUUCUGCUGAUGGGUGCAAGUAUGGACUUUCGGCAACGCAAGAUCUUUUCACAACUGGUGGCGCCAGUUGGUCCAAUACUUCGACCUUCUUCUACGCUGAUGAAACCCUUUUCGUGAGCGAAAAAUUCUCCUCGUCAAAUCGCACAGUUGAAUGUAAUGGACGUGAGAUCAUCAUUGCAACUGAGCCAUGGCCGUCGGUAACAAACCCCAGCAGAUAUGUCGCUCAACUUUGCAGUACCAAGUAUUAUAUGGCCAAUAUCUUGGUCACGGUUGCAUUGGCAGGGGACGAGCCGGAGAUUUCUUUCAACGAAACCGAUUUCAUUCAGAAUAAAGUCUUAAUCCCGGAAACGCUUAUCAACACCACCUUGUUCCAGGAUAUGACCUUGACCUCGGAAUGGAACAGCUAUAUGAUCUCGUCUCCUUCGAUGAUGGGAGGAGCAUCCGUUAUCCUUGGCGCCCUGUACGACUACAAUAUGACCAAGCUUGUCAAUGACCCAGACAUAGUGUCCUCUGCAGCGAGAGCAAAGCAGCGCUACUUCGGGGAAGUCAUCCAGUCAGCUCUAAGCCAGUAUAAUGCCGCCAAGAAAGUCCCGAUGCAGGCUCAGAUCCGUGCGGUCGAAACCCGAGUCGUGGUUCAAUCUGGUCCUGCAGUUGCCUUGGGAACUCUCUUUAGUCUCUGUUUCUUGCUGUUGCUCGUCGUGUGGUGCGCCUCGCGAUUGAAUCACAGGCCACUAAACUUGACCAAAGAUCCCGCAACGACUGCCGGAGUCGCGUACUUGGUCACGCAGAAUUCAAGAGCAAGGUCUGGUUUCCAGUCUCUAAGGCAGCCGUCAAGCAAUGAUCUCCAGAAGAGACUGGGCGGCGAAUGGUUCUACACAGACUCCCAAGGAUUGUCUAGAAACCACCCCGAUCAAGCGAGAACCGAGGAAAUUGCCCAGUCCAAAAAUGGAACACCUGGACUACUCCGUUUACCGGCACUCAUUGGCAUGGUUGUUGUUCUGGUGGCUAUGGUUGUUGCCGUUUGCGUACUUUACCAUUACGCCGAAGGAUCCGACUUGUAUCAAAAAGCCUUUGUUUAUCAGUUCAAUGUUUCCUUAUUCAGCGGUAGCAUGUCCUCAAUUGCCCCCUUCUCGAUGAUUCCAACUAUUCUUGCGGUUGGAAUUGGUCUAUGGUGGAGUGCAAUGGAUGAGAACUUUCGUCGCUUGCAGCCAUAUCUCUCCAUGGCAAAACACGAUCCGCCAUAUAAACAAGGUGUUGAUCUCUCAUACCAAACAUCAUAUUGGUUUUGGGCUGCUGGCAAGGCGGCGUUUAACAAACAGUGGCUGCUUUUCUUGGUCACUUUGGGAUCUACUCUAUCCCCGAUUUAUACAACUGCCAUGUCUGCACUUUUCGAUCGCGGAACUGGUGUCAUCACUAAUCCUAUGACACUGCAGCGCAAUCUCGAGCUCCGUGAGAUUCCUUUCAUCUAUGAGACACAGCAAUCGAUGUACCCCGGCGCUUCCAUGAACUAUCCCACCGCCGUGCUCGAAACUCUCUACCAGAACCUCUCUUCUUACUACAUGUACACUGCUAUCGUUCAGCUAGCUCUCAACGGCUCAGAGCCAGCAUGGAGCAAGGAUGGCUGGAGCUUUGUCCCUCUUGAUAUGAGCAGUAUCUCAAGCUCAGAGUCUCUUGCCAAGCUCGGUGCCAGUCAAGCUGACAGUUUAGGCCCCGCGUCGCAAACUAACGUCACGUUCAACACGCCUGCCAUCAGGGGGCGGAUUGAAUGCAGCCCGCCUCCUAUACAAGUCCUUACAAAUCUUUCUUCAUGGACAACAGCCACAGACCUUUCUAAUCAUACCGUCUGGAAUAAAAGCACAAUCCCAGACGGCGUGAACGGCGGUUAUCAGCUAGGUAACACAUAUAAGAGCAGGCAGUUCCCGAGCAGUAUAACACCUCUCUUGCCAGGGCAGAACCAAUCAGAAUGUCUUGGCUGCACUACUGCAUUUGUCAAUCCAGCUAUGCUUACUUGCUGCGGCAAUGGGAGCGCCGAUUCUCGCAUGGGCAGCGUGGCAAUUGGAUAUUGGUCUCCCAACGACGCCCUUGACUAUUUCUCGCCAACCUCUUGGCAGAAGAAUUUCACGGCUAAGUGGUUCUAUGGUGAUGCAAUCACGGGAAUCAAGGUGAACAACAAUAGUGUGACGAGCCAGGUGGAUGCAGGGCCGUUGUUCCCUUCGCCACCGUCGAUCUCCUUGUUCAGCUGCGAGCCUAUCAUCGAGACUGCAGAUGCCAGUGUCACCGUCGAUCCGUCAAGCGGCGAGAUUCAAUCGUUCAACAUCACAAGUUCACCAAAGGUCGCGACGGGGGCCUUUACAGAUAACUUUGUCGCCCACAAUGGCUCCCUCACUGACUUGCGUGCUGGUUAUAGCGAAUUCAACGUGACAAUCAGCUACGGUCACAUCUUCAUGAGCACCCUCUUAACCGCAGCCGAUCUCCAACGCAUCUCCGGCGUCUCCCACACCCUCGGUUACACAGUCGAAAGCCUCGACGACAACACCUUCAAUAUCCGCGACGAAAUGGAGGGCCUAAACAUGGAUUUCAUGACAUAUGCGAUGUAUUCAAUGGCCAAAAAGAACCCUCACGCCCUCCUAGAUGCGGACACAUUCGUCACGCUCGCGCAAAAGACAUUCACGACUUUCUUCCAGCAUUUCGUCGGUAGUAACAUCUCCAUGAAUACCGGUGGCUGGGCAUAUCAGACAAUUAACGCCAGUCUCCCGGCUGAUCUUGCCCCCGCCGUCGAGUAUGUUAAUGGUUAUAUGAGCGGUUCCAAGGCGACGGCAUACCAGGAUACCAUCCAUCCGAUCUCGCACACAAAUAGGACAGUGGCGGCGCAGGUCUCCCAACGCGUCGAACUACUCCAAAUGAACGCCGUCGCAGUCUGGCUAAGCGUCGGAAUAAUGGCAUGGCUCAUCCUCACGACCUUCAUCGUCGCCAUCCUGCAGAAACGCUACUUUGGCCGACUAGUCCGCAACGUCGAGUGUCUGGGUGACGUGCUGGUUCUCAUCGCUGGUAGUGCGAACUUGCUUCAAGUCGUACGCGAGAUCCAGGCUGGACGGCUUGCGCCGGAAGAUUAUGAGCAUUUGCGGACGCGUUUGGGUUGGUUUGUGGAUGAGGAUGGGGCGUUGAGGUGGGGUGUUGAGAUGGAGGAGGCGUUUAGGGAUGGACCGGGUGUGCAGUGGGUUGCUGCGCCGUGUUUUUCGAAGAAAGGGACUAAUACGUGGAGUCUUUCGGAUGAGAAUAGACAGUAG